AUGGAGGUUACGGUGGAUAUGGUGGUUGUGGGUGUGGGACAUGUGCUCCCUGCAAUCAUUCCUGCGGCUAUUAUUACGGCUACGACUGCAAUGGAGGCUGCGGAAGUUGUAAUGGCUCUUGCGGCUCUGAGCCACCACGUGUUCUGCCCCCAGAGCUACGGUCUUCUCGAUCCACUCGACGCCCUGCGCUACGCCUCGACGCGCAAUUGCAGCAUCGGGCUGCCCAAAUGGCCUUCCUAUAUUCCGGUCGAAAAUCAACGGCGCCAGGUGCUUGAAGCGCUCGUCGGCGAAGAGAAGAUCCAUUACUACUGCCCGUUUCGCACCUUCUUCUGCGACGGCGUCUGGGUGAACGGCUCCAAGAUGGCGAACGCGACGGCGAUGGGCUGCUACAAUUUCAAGACGGUCGGCAUGGUCACCAAUCGGACACUGAGCACCUGUCAUUGUGAGCCGCAGGAGGGAAAGGAGCCGUUGCUUGUCGAACCCGUUCAUCCUAGCCUCUCCGGCGCUGCCCUCGUUUAUAAAAAGGACUUCGCGACGUGCGGGUGGAAGAUCCAGCUGCGCCAAGAAGAUCUACUGUCGGCAACCGAAGCCGAAGCGGCCCGCCACGGCACCAUGAACUUUCAAAUGGUAGGAAAGGUGACGUUCUGG